CCGCCGUUAAUAUUUGUAGGCGCAGGGCUCUGUCGCACAGAUCUCUUGAAAAUAUUGCAAAAUAAAGUGAAAAAACAAGUUUAGUUUUUUAUAAAAUGUGAAUAAAUUACCCCGAAAAAGUGUUACAAUAAAAGAAAUUAACAAAUAAAAUUGAAAAAUUCUUGAAAUCUUAAUUGUUAAACGGAGAAAUAAAAUAACAGAAAAAAACAAAUAAUAACAAUUCACAUCAUACAUAUAUUAAGAAAAUAUAAAAGUAACUAAAUCAAACUGAACGUAAAGAAAAAACACAAAGCCAUUAUCACACAAUGGAAUCGAAUACGGAAGGAAAUCUGUUGGAGGUUAUGGACUUAGCGCGUACUCUGCGACAAGAACAGUUGUUUAUACAGCAAGAACAAACAACUUUUGCACAAUUAACCGAAGCUUUAGCCGAGAAUUCUGCAUCAAUAACAAAGUUGGCUUAUAUAUGUGCUCAACAAAGAAGGAAUCUAAAUGAUUUGAUUGUUUCACGGCCUGACUUGGGACCCUCUUUAUGCUGUCGACGUGCCAACAAUUAUGCAAAUGUUAAAUUUAUUGAUGCAAAAAAGGUGUUGGAUUAUGAGCAUGCCAUUGCAUAUGAGGAUCUCUUCAAUUAUCUCUAUAGAUCUCCUUAUGUAUUGGCCUUAUCACUAGCAACUGGUGAUAAUUUGGCCGAUGUAACACCGGCUCACAUGAAUUCCAUUAUACAAACCAUUAGUACAGGGCUAUUUGGAAAUGCCAUUAACACAAAAGAUGUUGAAAUGGUUUUAAAACUUUUAAGAGAACUAAUAGAAAUACAAAUUGUUGUUAGUGAUAAUCCUCGCAGAUUGUUAAGAGCAAAUACAUCGACAUUUGCACGUAUAUAUCAUCGUCUAAAUGAAUCUAUGUUUUCGGCAAAAAUAUUUUUAACAGCUGCUCUUUUUCAACCCAUAAUGAGUGUGUUAAGUGAAACGGAUACCAUGUUAGAUGUGGAUCCACAAAAGGUUGUGCAAAGUUUUACAACGAAAGAAAGAAUAAGAAGAUUUGGUGCCGAAACUUCAUCUUCGUACCAGGAGAAUAUUGAUAAAUUUCACAUCGAAACCAUUAAUCAAUUAUAUAAGUUAGCCAACAUAUUUAUAGAUAAUUUACUUUAUAAUUGGUCUUUGUUUCCGUCCACCUUGAGAUGGUUGGUGCAAACCAUGUGUCAUCAGUUAAAACAGGCUCAUCAAUUUUCCGAUAAAGUUAUAAAUGAAAUUGUUACUGAUAUGGUUUUUACGCAUUUUAUUUGUCCGGCCAUUGUAAGUCCCGAUGUUAUGGGUAUAAUUGAUGCUCCUAUUUCAGAGCAAGUACGUUUUAAUCUCAUACAAAUUGGUCAGAUAAUACAAAUGUUGGCUUUAGCAAAACAUGAUGAAAUAGAUGCGAAAUUUUCUGAGCUAUAUGCCAAAUUUGAAGCCAAUAAUGUUACCAAGUUAAUAGAUUUAUUGCUACUAACACAAUCUGGUGAGGAUGUGGUGGCCAUAUUAGCUCAACAAAGUGACUUUGAGAGGACACAUUUGUUGGUUACCCAAAGAGAAUUAAAUUAUUUCACUGAAUUCUAUAGAAUUUUAACUGCCACAGAUGAAUUUGAUAUUUCAGAGGAAGAAAAGGAAAAGUUGAGAAAGAUUUUAAAACAUUUACCAGAAAAUCCUACCGUCAAUGGUACUACCGCAGAGGGCAAUCCAAACACUUCCAAGAGUGAGAGUCCCGCCAAGGAGAAAUCUAAGCAAUCAUUGAAAAAUUUAAGCAAAUCCACUAAAAGUAAAAUCGCCAAAAGUAUGAGUUUUUCAAAUGCUAAUGGAAGUAAUCACAAUAGCGAUGAAGUAAAUGGUUUUGUCAAUGGUAACAUAGCAUUAAAUUUAAAUGGUUUGGAAAGUUCUUCAUCUCACAAUAGUUCACACCAUUCGUCACCAGUAAGAUCAUUAGCUGCAGAAGUAGAAAAUGAACCAGUUUUAGUAUUUAAUCUUUACAAUGGAGUAGAGCAAAAGCUACAACCUCUUUCGGAGGAAGAGGUUUUAAAAAUGAAUAGCAUUGGUCAGGAUAUAUCCAAUGGUGAUCUUGUAGAUGCUGAAAACUAUCAACAGGAAUCUACGGUAGACAAGUCCUCGGUGGUUAAUGGUUUUGAUGGUAUUGAUGGCAUGUCCGAUAUUUUGAGGCCCAUGCAUAAUAAAACUACCAGGUUUUCAUUAUCCCAUGAUGAUGCUUCUAUUGGUAAUUCUGACAAUUUAGAAGCUGUUAGUGAAGUGCCCUCAAAUCAUUCAGUAACAAGUUCUUUAGAGUUGGAAGAAAAUGCCGAAAAUGACAAUUUGUCGGAUAUGGUAUCGGCCAAUGUUUCGGGCAGAGGUACGCCAAAUAUCAGCGGUAGGGAUACUCCAUCCUCGCAGGUGACUGAUGGCGAAUCUAUUAACAAUGCUUUACCAACUCCGCAAAUGCAAAAGCUAAUUUCUAAAGCUCGUUCUGAUAUCCAGGAUAAGUUUUGUAAAUUUGAAAUUAAAAAGUUUGAAGGUGAUGAAACGGUUUCGAUCAUUUCGGACACUUGGUCCACCGAUGUUUUGGCCAGUGAUUCUGAAACUAUUGAUACAACAGAACGCGAACGUGAAAGAAAUUUUUCCACCCCGCUGAUACCAGCUGCAGUAGUAUUGCCGGGUGACAAUAACUUUGAUGUGCUCUCAGGAGCCGGGGGCAUGAGAACCGGAUAUUUAGAUGCUACUGAUCAGAGAUCAGAAUCUAAUUGGAGUACUGAUGUCUUAGCCUCAGAUUCGGAGAAACUAAAUGAAGUUGAUACAGAUGACAAUGUGAGUAUUACAGCCAGAUCUGAUAUACUAGAUUCAGGCACUGUUUCGGAAAGGGAAAGAAAUCAAUUGGCAGCAGCUAUAUCGGCACCUACAAAUCGUCAACAAAGAUCAUCAUCGAAUAAUGCUCAUUACUCAGCAGCUCGCAAUAUUCGUAGUUUUAGAUCUCCAUCAUCUAAUGCUCAAGGAGUUCAUAAACUACCCGUAGCUAAAGCACCCUCCUCUGGUAGUGUUGAUGAUGUUCAUGGUAGUGGCGGUAGCAGUGGUGGUAAUGCUAGCGAUCGUUCACAAGAGGAUUCUGCAUUUUAUGAUGCCAUCAAUUCAUAUGAUGACAAUUCUGCUUCAGUUACAAAUAACAACCAUUAUCAUCAUCACUACCGAGAUGGUUCUUCAUUAGCUAGAAGUUCGGUAAGAACUAGCAAUCAAUUGGAAAACACAUUUCAACAGAACUACAAAUCUAUAACGAGUGAAAAAGAGAAGUACAAUUUUCUACAAGCCGGCGCUUCGUCCUCCUCAUCGCAUCGUAUGCGGAGGCAAGCGUCUGCUGAGAGCAGUAUUUCAAAUCAAAGUGUAAAUCUAGAAGAACAAGGAGCUAUGGCGAAAGUGCCCUCUCCUUUUGCAGCUAACCGCAAAAGCCGUCAUCAAAGUAAUGUCAGCAAUGAGUCCAAGGAUCUUAUAGAUUUUUCUGAUUUUUGUGACGACAAAGACUUGACACCACCUUCUAUAGCACCUCCUGAGCCACCAGUACUCGAUAUAUUCCAAGAUGACUUAGUAGAACGAAGAGAUAGAUCUACUUUACAAAGAAAUUCCGGAGGCGAUGGUCGUCGUAAUGGCAUUAUGGCUUUAAAGGGAGGACCAGAAAGUUCUGAAACUGGUUCCAAUUUGACACCUUCACUAAGAAGACAUCAAUCUUUGAAUUAUGAAAAUCAUGAAAUAAUGUUGAACUCUGUACCCAAAAGAAUCUCGGCAUUGCCAAAUAUUUCCCCCCAGACAGAUGACGACAAGAGGGAACACCAACAACAAGAACAGGAAAUACUGCUUUUAACCAAUAGAACUUCUGAUUUAAAUCUAAAUGAUUCAACAGAAAAUAAUGAAAAUAAUGGUAGUGGUGACCCAGCGCGCAGCACACCCACCAAUCAAAACUCCUCUUCAUCAGGUAUAAUGGUUUGCUCUUCUACAGCUGCCACUUCCAGCAAUCAAAAACCCACAAAAUCUACGGGAGCCAUACCAAAAAGUAUAAGCUUUGAUGCCUCCGCUGAUAAAGCUCAUGGUCCAUCCACAUCUUCAUCUGCUAGACAAAAUAGAAAUUCAUCGCGUUUUCUGCAAGAUCCCUUACGUGCCAAUGGUCCAACCACCUCAAAUAAUUUAACAACUAAUUCUGGUAUAUUUAAUAAACUAAAACAGGGAAUAUUCAAACAUCGACGUGGACACAAGUCUAGACAUAGUACGGCUACCAACUGUGAUGAUAUCUCACAAAGUUCUCGCAGUGUUUCAUUUUCCACCAACAACUCUGAGGUUUCAUUAGAUAUAAUAAGUGCCAAUAUACCAAGUUGCUCAACAGCAACAGCUCAAGAACGUAGUACUGGUUACUACGACAUUAGUGAAGAUAUUUUGGCUAAAUAUCGUCGCAAAGUCAGUACAUCAAGUGAAGCGACAAAUUCUUCCACAGGUAAUGGUGGUGGGGCUGUUGGUGGCUUGUCGGCGGCUGGUGCAGCGAAAGAUUUAAAUGGCCCUCAAAAUGGAAACCAGCAUACUUCCAUCCAUGACAAAAUGUUGGCUUUUAAUAUCAUCAAGAAAAAGAUACGCACUGUAUUGUCCAAGACUGAUUUGCAUUCGGGAGAUUUUCGUCAUACAACUCAUACCAAUACUUCUCCCCUUUUAACAUAUCUACAAAUACAAUUGGCUCAGGCUAUAAAUUUGCAAAAUUUCCAACAAAUAUCUUAUGUCUCCGAAGCUAUACGUUGCAUAUCUCAACUGGAAAUUAACCAGCAUACACAGCUUAUGGAAGAACUUCAGAAUGACAUACAAAAAAGACAAAGUUAUUUACAGUAUUUAAUGCGUUAUCGCCAAAAUCUCCUCAUGAUUAUGGAAAAUAUUGAACAGUACGAAUCUCGUUUGAGAAGUGAAAGUUCAACAUGCAAUCGUUACCUAAUGGCUGUCUGUAUGCGUUUGUUUUUUGAAAAAAGACAAGAUAAAAUUGCAGCAUUCCAAGAGGAUUUUGCACGUCUGACCGUGUCAGAUGAUAAAAUCGAUUUGAUUGAAGAGUUCAUAGAAAGCCUAAUGGAGGAAUUAUUAUCGGUGGGAGGUAUUUUAAAUGGUAUGCCCGAAUGGCAGGCGGUGGAAGCACGUAUGUCUUUGGAGAGAAUAUUGCUGCAGAGUAUGUAUCAACAGGUUAUGUUUCCCAAUGAGGAUGCUGAUUUAUCAAGAGAUACAGUUUUAUCUGAACAUAUACGUAAACUACAAAAUGUUAUUACACCAUCCCAUCCAGCUCUAUGUAUACCUCAAAUAUAUCUUUCUGAGGCUCCCUGGAGUUUUGCUCAACAAGAGUUAACUUUUAUUUCUGCCUAUAAAACGCCUCGCGAAAAGUUACAGUGUGUUAUAAGAUGUAUUUCCAGUAUAAUGAGUUUAUUACACAUGUCCAGUGGCCGAGCACCAGCUGCGGAUGAUAUUUUGCCCGUUCUUAUUUAUGUUGUUAUAAUGGCUAAUCCUCCUUAUUUACUAUCCACUGUUGAGUAUAUAACAUGUUUUAUUGGUGAAAAACUUGAUGGUGAAGAACAAUUCCAUUGGACCUUAUUUGGUUCCGUUGUAAAAUUCAUAAAGACCAUGGAUUAUUUAGAUCAAUAAAUUUGUUAUUUUUCAAGUAAUGCCUCCAAAUUUUUUCAACAGUGUUUUAUAUAUUUUUUAUUUUAUAUUGUUUAUAAAGUUUAAAUGGUUUAUUAUUUAUAUUAUUCUUGAACCCUAAAUAACAAAAAUUGGUUGUUAAAUGUUUGUCUAAUUGCAUAAGUUUCUUUGUAUAGUAUUUUGUCAAAAAUUGUUUUUUAUUUGUUUUGUAAGUUCAAAAUUAUUUAUUUAUUCUAAGCCCGCUUUUUUGCUAACUACUCCUUUAAGCAAUAGUUUAUGCAAUAUUUAUAUAUUUGUUUUAAUAAAUUUAAACUUAAUCCCCUAUUGUGUGUUAAAACAAUUAAAAGAAAACCUUAAAUACCUUCUUCCUUAUUAAUGUUUUCAAACAUAUAUAAUAUACCUAUUUAUUUACUAUGUUCUAUACGUUAUAUAUAAUCACAAGAAAAACCAUAAUAUUAUUACUUUAUUUGUAAUUUAUAUUGAUUAAUAUCAAAUAUUUUUCGAUAUUUAUUAUGAGAAAACGAUGUUCAGUGGAGAAAACAAACAAUGCGAAUACAUAAAUAUAUAUUCUUUACAUAUACCCACACACACACAUAAUAUUAAACAAUCUUUAAUAUAAUUAAAAAAAUAUUACAUUUAAUAUUAAUUUAUUUGCUUACCUACCGUACUCGUAUAUUAAUAAAGAAAAAUAUUUGAAAUAAAAACAAUAUUGUGUGCAAAAAUUUAAUUGUAAUAAAAUACAUAGUUUCGU